UCCGAUGUCUUGCUGAACUUGUUGAGACUUGAUUUUAUUUCAUGGGAUUGUGUCCCUCCACACCAGGUAAAAGGAGGUUUAUUAAUCAAGAAGUAAGCUGCGAACAUUCUACUCGGAAUCGCGCCGAGCUAUUAGGCACACAGAUGAGCGAAAGAUCCAGCGCAAGUGACUUCAACUCCUUCAUGGGGUUCCAAAAUGAAGCGGCGAAGAUCGCUGAGCAGUGGUUUAAGAAGGUGAACGCACUGUCAACAGAGAUUCAUAACUUGAAAAAGCAAACUGAACAAUUAACAAAAGAGAACCAAAGUUUGCGACAAAGGAUAGGCGACGACUCAGAAUUGAAUCAUCGUUGUUACCAGAGCAGUUCUGAGGACGUUACAAGCAAAAACAAGCGAAGUGACGUUGUAAAAAAGUUCAAAAGAAUGGAUGGUGCUCAACGCAGACAAGCGAUCGAGGCAUUCGGAAAGCUGGAUCAAAGGAAUGACCUCUGGUACAGAAAGGAUGUGACAUGCCGCAUAUUUGUGGUGGCACAUGAUGUUGCAAAAUCCACAAAAUGUGCAUUCGCCCAAAGUGUUUUGCCGAAAUUUUUCCAAUGUGCACCAUCCUUAGGUGUUAUCCACCAAACGAAAGGAUCUCAUUCCCCAGAGGCAUCAAAGCUUUUUGAGAGAGGUAUGCAGCAAUCUUUCUCAAGGGAAAUGGAGUCCCUAUUUUUAGGGGAGUCCUUCCAGGUCGCUUGCUCUUCUGUACUUAAGGAAAUGGCAGUCAGCUGUGACUUAACAGCCCUGGAAGAGAAAACGCUUUCAGAGUUGAAGAAAUUUCGUGGACAGUGGAUAAAAGAAGAUCCUUUGCUGCCUCAUUUAGACGACGAUAUUCUAUUCAAAAUGAAGAAUUUCAUCGCAGAAUGCGUACAAAUUUCCUGGAGAAUGGUAAACCAGCUUCCACCAAUAAAGAUUAGGCUGGCAAAUGAAGUGCGUGGCAAGAGGUUUGAGGAAUUCUUUGAAAAAGAAGAAGAAGAACUUACAGAGGGGAUGCCAACCGUGACUGUUUGUGUCUGGCCAGCUCUCACAGACUCAAAGGGCGACGAGGUGCUUGCCAAAGGAAAGGCGGCUAUAAUUCCAAGACCCCAAACACAAACGUCCGUUUGAAUUCGUGGACUUUUGUUUUCUUUUUUGGCACACCAGUUAUUAAGAGCAUCUUCACUAAUGGCUGAGUUUUAAGAGAUUUCACAAGUUUUCAGAGCACCUUAAAUAGUUCAUGAACUUCCAAAGGCAUGCAAAAUCCAUUUAAAUUGUAGUAUUCGAUGCAUUAACUCGGUUAAGUUGCGCGCUCAACCAAGGAAAAAAUUGAUAGGCUAAAGCUAACCACACGAUGAAGAGCUUAUUGUUCUGACGCAAUAAGCACAGAUAAAAUGAAGAGUAAUAAUAAACAUUUCACUGUCUAAAGAUAGAAAACAAUGACAAACAUCUUUUCGCGACUCCAAAUCUCUCAGCUGGAGGGAAACCUCAUUAUUUCAUAUUUAGGAAACGUUCAUGACUCCUAGUUUACGUCGUAAAUAAUGCUGUAGUUGACCAACAACAUGAGGUCACAAGUUACCAAAUUUUAAGAAAAACAAUUACUCUUUAUUCCUAUUGAAAAGGCUCGUUAAAAACCGUAACAUGGAUGACAAUGGAGGUCAGCGCGAAGUAAGCUAAACUGUUUUACUUUAAAAAAAAAAAGUAUAUUCAAUUUUUUACACAUAAUCUAGGCAAUACCAAAAA